AGAAAAAGUCAAACCUUUAACGAGUCAAACAUCGCACACCUACAUAGAUUUAUCAGAUUUGUAGAAUAUAAUUUUAUCAUAAUCGAUUCAAACAAAAGUUUCAACAUUAUUUUUUGAUCAGUUUCAUCCCAAUAUCUAUACUGAGAUUAUGAAGCUUCAUUAAUGGAAGAUAAAACAGCUAACAUCGUCGCCACAGUAGCGAUCAUCUUCCUCAUCGCCGUCAUAAUCAUCGCCAGGGUGGUUCUAGAUCUCUCAAAAUCAUUCUUUCUAAUAGUCGGCGCGGCUGUUGCCGCAAUCUUCGCCGUCAUUGUUUGCUACUUCAUCCGGCGACAUCUCCACCUCCGCAGACGGGAGAUGGAGACCAGACUGGCUUCCGAAGGAAGAGAACUCCGGAUCGAGUAUAGCUUCCUUCGGAAGGUCGCCGGGCUUCCUACCAAGUUCCGCUAUAAGGAACUUGAGGAGGCGACGGAUAACUGGAAAACGCUAAUCGGAAAAGGUGCUUCCGCUUUAGUAUUCAAAGGAGUAUUAAAAGACGGAACCACGGUUGCUGUUAAAAGAAUUCAACAUGAAGAGGAGAGGGGAGAGAAAGAGUUUCGAUCCGAGAUCGCGGCCAUUGCCAGUGUCCAACACACAAACUUAGUUCGUGUGUUGGGCUACUGCAUUCACAACAACUUACGCUUUUUGGUGUUCGAGUACAUCCCAAAUGGCUCUUUAGCCAAUUGGAUCUUCUCCCGGCCUAUGACCGGGAGAAGCAACGGAGUCUCCAGUGGUUGUCUGUCCUGGAGACUCCGAUCGGCAGUCGCGCUGGACGUCGCGAAAGCUCUCGCGUACCUACACCACGACUGCCGAUCAAAAGUUCUCCACCUUGACGUAAAGCCAGAGAACAUACUCCUUGACCAGAAUCACCGUGCUAUCGUCUCGGAUUUUGGAUUAUCGAAGCUGAUGUCACAGGAUCAAAGCCGAGUUCUAACAACAUUACGCGGGACUAAAGGAUACCUAGCCCCGGAAUGGUUGCUAGAACUGGGCGUGACGGAGAAAUCAGAUGUGUUUAGUUUUGGAAUGGUAUUAUUGGAAAUGAUAGGUGGACGGAGGAACGUGACCGUGAUAGACACCGGUGACACGGGUAGCCGGUCAAGUAAAAAAUUUCAAUAUUUUCCAAAAAUUGUAAUGGAGAAAAUGAAAGCUGGGAGGGUGAUGGAAGUGGUGGAUCAAAGGUUGUUAGAUCAUGGUAAUAUUGAUGAAAAAGAAGUAAAAAAAUUGGUACACGUGGCAUUGUGGUGUAUACAAGAGAAGGUGAGACGGCGGCCGAGUAUGGUGGAGGUGGUGAAGUGGUUGGAGGGGCGGGUGGCGGUGGAGGAGCCGCCGGAGACGCAGAUGAUUGUGGUGGAUCUUUUGAACAUUGAUGAUGACGACGAUGGUGGUGGUGGUGGUGGAGGGCAAGAUGGUAAUAAGAGGAAGAAACCAAGGGUGGUUGCUAGAAUAGGGUCUCAGUUGAAUGGAUGUUUGGGUGGUAGUACACAUUCUUUGUCAUCUAAAUCGUUCUCGUAUUCAAUGUCGAUUAUUUCACCUAGAUAGGUAGGGAAGGUGAUAUGUUAUAUGGAAUAAUUUGUACAUCAUACAAACAAUACACAUUUGAUUUUUUUAGCUUUA